AUGCAGGCAAUGCCUGACGCCCGCCAACAAAGCUUCGAAGAGAUCUAUGGCCCCCCAGAGAACUUUCUAGAGAUAGAAGUCAAGAACCCUCAGACCCACGGUACAUCACGCAACAUGUACACUGACUACGAAAUCGUUUGCCGCACCAACAUCCCCGCUUUCAAGCUCAAGCAUAGCACGGUCCGUCGGCGAUACUCCGAUUUUGAAUACUUCCGUGAUAUACUGGAGCGUGAGAGCGCGAGGGUGACUAUACCGCCAUUGCCGGGAAAGGUGUUUACGAAUCGAUUCAGCGAUGAUGUUAUUGAGCACCGGAGGGAGGGACUGCAGCGAUUCCUACAGAUUGUAGUAGGCCAUCCUUUGCUGCAGACGGGGAGCAAAGUGUUGGCGAGUUUUGUGCAGGAUCCAAAUUGGGAUAGGAACUCAUGGUGA